ACAAAUUAAUCUUUGCUGUCAGGGGAUAAAGGCCGGGACAGAUGGCUCUGGGGAGAGCCGGGGAGGCCCGAGGCGACACGGCCGGCAGGAGCCCCGUGGGCUGAUGGCAGCAUUGCUGUGGGGUCGCCACAUUGUGCUGCGCCGGGUCCCGGGCUGGGAGCGAAGCCGCGAGCCAGGAGCCCGUGAGCAUGGCCGGGCAGUGCGACACCAUCUACAAGGGCUUCGCCGGCUGCCUCAUCAGCCUGGGGGACAGCAUGGCCCAGAGCGUCCGGCAGCAGCAGGAGGAGGGCGGCGAGGAGGCGCAGGAGCUGGACACCAUCUGCAAGUCCUGGGAUGACUUCCACACGUGCGCCAGCGAGGUGCUGUCCAAGUGCCCCGUGGAGGCGUCGGCCAUCUGGGAGUCGCUGCGCCAGGAGUCCCGCAAGAUCCAGUUCCAGGGGAACCUGCAGGAGCUGUGCAGCGCCCGGGGCCGCCUGGCCAGCGCCCAGGGCUCGCCGGCCGCUGAGACCAACCAGGCCACGCUGCGGGGCUCGGCCACCCCCCUGCAGCCCCGUCUCCUGGCCCUGCUGGCCCUGCCGCUGCUGCUGGCCCGGCCCUAGC